CACGCGCAGCUGAAGCGGGCUGUGGCGCGUUCACACAAGAAAAUGAUGAAGAUCAUGAUGAGGUGCAAUAUAGCGGACAUGGCGAGCCUUCUCCUCUUCACUUUCGUCACGCUGAUUGCAUUGCAGCUCUCCGAGUCCUUUGUGUCCAAGUCCUGGAACCUGGAGGAACAAAAGAGGGGGCCACUUGGCGGGUACUCCGACUCUUCACUGGAGGAGGCCUCGGGUUCAUUCAGAUGGCUCGAGAAGCAUCUCGUGGCGAAGAGGACGCACGCCACGCUGGACUUAGAUGCUAUGAUUGGGUACACUCCUCCCUCAGCACCCCCAGACCUCCCCCAGCAGACGGGGCCUCAUCAGGUUUUGGAGGAGGAGCUCAAUGAAGGUGGUCACUCCAGCGGUUUUGGCGUCAUUCGCUCCUCCGUGUUGGUCUCCACAACGACGACAGCGUCUUCUAACAUUGCUGCGACGACAGCGGCCCCCGAGACGGGCACCGACUUUGGACUACUGGGAGUCAAAGAUUUGACCCACAGUGCCACUGUGGCACACGGUGACACGGCCACCAGCAUGCAGCAGGAGGAGGAAGGAAAGGAAACUAGGUCCACGCCCACCUCAAAUGUUUUGCCCAAUGGGGGCUUAGCUGCGACCAGCUGGGACUGGAUGAUCACGCUCCCUCAGGAGGAACAUGUACUGUGCGUGGACUGGACGCAGCCAAGUGGGCAUGGCUACAUCCUCCUGAACAUGACACACAAUCUCAACUGCGAGGAGUUCCGCAGUGAUGGCGGUGUGCGCCUGCUGAAGAUAAUGGAGCGCCAGUUUGCACGGCGCAUGAAGAGCCCAGAAGGGUCGUGGGUCAUUUACCUAAGCAAGCCCACACACCAACGACGACAAAUGCUGAUGCACGUGGCCUCUGAGCAUGGUGUGAUGUCCACUAAGGACCUGCUGAACCUGCUGGGAGAAAUGCGUCCCAGUUUAAACAAAGUAGGCAUCCAGGACUAUGGCCUGCCCUCUACGUGCUCGCCCCGCAGCAGUCCAUCCCAGCGCAGCGACUACAGCAAACUGUUUGUGGUCCUGGUGGUCAUCGGCUCCAUCUGCCUGGCCAUCAUCACGUCAGGCUUCAUUUACAUCUGCUGGCAGAGGCGGCCCCCGACCACCAAGACCACCUUCCACACGGAGGAGCUUCGCUUUGUGGAGAACGGUUGCCAUGACAACCCCACCCUGGACGUGGCAGGCGACAACCAGCCUGACAACCGGCCUGAAGACCACCAAGAAGAAGAACGGAUGACGAACAAGGGGAUUAGUACCAAUGGAAUUGUGGGGGGAGGCGAAGGUAUCCGCGGGGAUGACAACCCUCGCUGGCAGGUGUUUGUCAAUCAAGCAGCAGCUGAGGAGGAAGAAGAAGAGGACACACACCUUUGAUUGAGGAGAAAGAAGAUGGAAUGUCUGUGCCUUGAGGGAGGUCGCCAAAGAGAAUCACCUAUCCACAUGAUAUCGCCAGGGCUUUUUAGCCACGCUAUCUGUUAGCCACAGCCAGUGCGAUCGGCAUUCUUCUGAAAAAUACUGAAGCAAUUUAGUGCAAUGUUUGGAAAUGAUGAAAAUUUGCAAAACAAAAAUAUCAUCCAAAAUAUGCUCUCUAUAUUUGAUUGGAUGGUUCUAACAUGUUCUUCUCUUUCAAGUUUUAUGCACGUGAAAGACAAGUGAAAAGCUCAGAGGUUCUAUUGUCAUUGAGGCUGUUUACUUUGCACCCAGUUGAGCCUGCAUGGUUGUUUUUGCAUUAGCGUGUGCUAUGCUAGCUGUAGUCAGGUGACUGUUUACUGUGCAACCCAUCGUGAGGCACAUAAUAGUGCUGCUUUAGUGUGUAAAAACACGCAUGACAACAUGCCAUCACUUGCCCGCCAACAACAAUAAUGCUAAUAAAAAUAGUACAUAAGUACGUAAAUAAAUAAAAUAAAUAAUGGGUCUGCUACCAGUUGACAAAAACUGUCUCCACAAUGGGCAUUUGCAUUUGAAGCAAUACUAACAGAGCCAACUAAGAUUGAGGUUGAGCUAUGCUAAAUAUGUGAGCAGAUGUAGGGUGACUAGACGUCCUCUUUUUCCCAGACAUGUCCUACUGUUGAGCCCUAAAAAAAUGUCCGGGGGGAAUUUCAAAAUCGUCCGGGAUUCUGUUGGACUGCCUCAAACAUAAUACAUGUACAGUACUUUUUGUUGU